CGGAGGCCUGGAGGACUCUUCAGCUUUGGGGGCAGAGAGGAGAAGGCCCCCCUGCCUGCCCCGAUGCCUGGCUGGCCUGAUGUGGUGGCUGAAGGGCUCUCCAACCUCCUGCUGUGUACCGUGUGCUUCCGCUCUGCUGUGAGGACCUUCCAGAUCAGUCGUGGAGCUGCUGCUGGUUUUCUCCUCCAGGCCCUUGUGCCCCUCGUGGAAAUGGUCACCCUCAUUCCCAUCCCCCUUGGGCUCGGUUUGGAACCCCCAAAGUCUCCCCUUCUGCCGGAGGAAGGCGCCUGGGUGUCCACGGUGGUUGGGCUCCCUUUGCUGGCCUUUGGGUUCCACUGGCUGAAUGGAGACUGUUCCACGGCCAACACUCUCCUGGGAGGAGCGCUUCUACUGGCUGGAGGCUGGCAUUACUUCACGGAAGAAGGCCAGGCCAUGGUGAGCCACUCAGCCACCGCUGUGGCCUCCAUCACCAUCCUGAUCAUUUCUGUCUUCACUGGGAAUGCCUGUGGGGUGGCGGGCAGCCUGCUUGUGGGCACAGCUGGCCUGUUGGCAGGGACUAAGUUGCAGCACCUGCUGAUUCUGGAGAAGAAAGAUGCUCUUCGUUGUCUCAUGGCAGCCGCCAACCUGGCUUUGCGAUGGGCUCUCCAGACACAGCAGCAAGAACUGGACCGGGGGUGUGGGGGUCUUUUUACUGCCCUGUCUGACUAAUAUGCAAGGGAGAGGAGGGUUAUCUCUCAUUCAUUUGGGGGAAAGCUGCCCAGGAUCCCAAGGAAGCUGAAGAAGCUGCAGUGCACAUCUUCAAGGAAGGAGUCCAUGAAACCUCUCCUCCAACCUUGAGGGUGCAGGAGGAAACCUUUUCCCAAACUUGAAAGGGUCUUUCAGGGGGCUUCAUUCUGAAUACAAGCUGCUUCAUUGCAGAUUUUUUUUCAAGUCUGCUCUUCUGGAGAAUGUUGGCCCUGGACUGCUUUGGAUGGAUUGAUAUUUCUAGUUUAGGUGCCUGAUGAGGAUCCCUGAAACUGGAUAUCAACUGAAAUCCCACAAGCAGGACAUCCAACAACUAGUUUUGUUCCUAGUAUUCACAGCUUUCUAGCCAUAACCAAUAGCUGCCAUGGCUUGUGACCUUGGAGAGCUUGAUUUCCCAUUAUUAUUUUAUUUAUUAUUUUUUUGAUCUAACCCCUUUCUAAAGCCAUCUUGGUUGGUGGCCAUCACUAUAUUUUGUUGCACUGAGUUUAACUCUGCACUAUAUGCAGAAGUCUUUCUUUUUCUUUGUCUUGAAUCUCCCGCCUUUCAGCUUCCCUGGGUGACCCCUUCCCUGGUUUCUAAAAUCCAUUUUUCUACUUUAUAUAUUUUGAUCAAAAUCUUUCCCCACAGCAGUUUAUCUAAAUGCAAUACAGUAUUCUGGAAAUACCCCGAAGCGUUGCAACCUUCCCCGCAGGUGGGACUCACUCCAGUCCUCUAACCAUUCUGUUGUAGCUUGUGGAACUGGACCUCCCGAUGCAAACCAAGGAUCCUGUAGGGACCCCUUGCUUGCUUCCUUUGCCACUGUUUCUUGAAUCACAGAAACAUAGAAUCCUGGAGUUCGAAGAGACCAGCCAGGAGAAGCUGUGGUCCUGAAAAGGCCACUUUUGCAAGCUUUCAGCAUGGUUCCAAAGUUAUAGUCCAAAAUAGAUGGUAUUUCAAGCUCUGUAGGUGGAGGUUGCCUGGAAAUUCUGGAGGUUCUGGUCCAAAAAAAAGGGGACUUUUCCAAGCUCUCAGGAUGUUUUAAAAGUUAUGGUCCAAAACUGGGUGUUUCUUAAGCUCAGAGAGAAGGCUGGCUGGGAAAUUCUGGAAAUUGUGGUCCAAAAAGGGAAUUUUGUCUAAGCAUGGAGGGCUUGAGUAGAGCUCUACAAUUAUCCUGGCUGUUCCUUUGAGAUACAUUCCUGAAAAAUCCAGUUUGGUCCCAGCAAUUUCAAGAAGAGUUGUCCAUAGCAAAGCUAAGUGGGUCAGCAUUCCAUGCACCCAACUGGAAACCAGGCCUGAGCCCCCUUGUCGUUCCAGUCAUACUGGCCUGUCCUGGGUCUCCUUGCUCUGGGAAAGCCAGGCGGACCAAAGAUUGCCCCCUUUUCAUUCAGAUUUCUUAGGGAGGGCAGGUCAAAAUGGAUAUGGUAGCAAAUGCUGCAUUUCCACUUUAAUGUCCAAAUGGGAUCACCAUCCGCCACUCUUGAUGAGAAUGAGGACUACAUGAGAAUCCUCCCCUCUUCUUGCACUUUUCCUCAAUCUGCAACUAAAACUAGCAGCAUUCUGGGUUAAGAAUAACAGACCUCUGUUUUUAGGGAAACCGGAUAAGAGUCAGGCACUGAAAGGAGGUUUUUUAUUAUUUAAUCACAACUGCAGCUCAGUCUACAGCUCUCAUCAGCCACAAUGGAGCUACAACUUCCAUUUGGCUAUCCUUUCUGGGGAUGCUGGGUGUUGUAGUCUGACGCACUGAGAAACCAUAAAAUCAGAGAAGGCCACGUUGGCUGGGGUUUUUAAAAUAUGGCUUGGGUCCAUAUCUGAAGGACCAUGUGCUGUCAUAUGAGUCUAUCUAUGUUCUGAGAAUUCAAACACAUAGCUGUAUUAGUCUGAAAAAUCACUGUGUAAAGGGGUUUUGUAACACCUUGAGUCUAACUGAAAGAAAGAAGCUGGAAGCAUGAGCUUUAGUAGGCAAGAGUCUACUUCCUCAGAUGCUCAAAAGUGCUACAAGGUUGUUUUGCAUAUGUUUUGAGAAGGUCUGGAGAAACCCUGUUUUUGUGUCAGCACCUCACAGGUCCCUUUGGUGAGAAUAUGGGAGACAGGGCCUUCUUGGUGGCUGCUCCCAUACUCUGGAACUCCCUUCCAAGAGAAGUCAGACUAGCACCAUCCCUCCUAUUAUUCUGUGGGCAGGUUAAGACCUUGGAGGACUGGCUGCCCAGGUUGAAAAGGCCUUCUCAGAACAUGCUGUUGGUUUAAUUAUAUUUUUAAAUGAUACAAAUUUUCAAGCUAUAUCUGUUUUAACCUUUGUGGGUUGCCUUGAUUCUUAGACUGAGAAAAUGAUGAUGAUGAUGAUGAUGAUGAUGAUGAUGAUGAUGAUGAUGAUAAUACACUUGCCCCUCCCUUUUUGUGGACUUGGAGUCUGUGGUCUCACUCUUCGCGGGAGGGACAAGUGGGGAGGGACAAAAUGGCAGCACACACCCGGUGUGGCCCUGCAUGCCCUCCUCAGGCGCACGCGCCAUUAUUUUCAAUGGGACUCUAUUAUUACAAAUAUUGUGAGUUGCCGUUUUCGCAGGGAGUCCAGAACGGUGCUACUGUAAUAAUAAUAAUAAUAAUAAUAAUAAUAAUAAUAUCAGCAACAGCAACUUCUCCAAGCUCUGCACAAAUGUACUAGUGGGAUCCCAGCUGUUAAAGCAGCACAUCCCUAAACAAAAUACAUUCCAGCCCCAAACAGAUCUGUAUCAUAAGUGACACACACAACUGUAUGGAGCUGAGGAGCUGUGUGUUGCGGGCUGCCAAGUGCUUAACAGCAACCCAAUUUCUGUCAUCCCAGGCAGGUAGCAAACCCAAUCUGUUGUUGAGGUUCCUGCUACAGGUUGAGUUUCCCUUGUCCAAAAUGCUUGGGACUAGAAGUGUUUUGGAUUCCGGAAUGAUGGGGAUAGGAAAAGGGUUAGCAGAAAAAAAGAGAACCACUGCCAACGACAAAAAAAAGGUUUUGUACCUAACUGGGUAUAAACAGGAAAAAAGAAAGAAGUUAGGUAAUGAUAAAAGUAAUAUAUUCUCUAACAAGGAUAUCAACAAUGUGUGUUAGAUGUUAAAUCUACAGUGCUAUAUAAAUAAUAAUAAUAAUAAUAAUAAUAAUAAUAAUAAUAAUAAAUUUAUGUUAAAAAUAAAGGUCUAUCAUGCAAACUUUGUCAUACAUAAUGAACCCAAAAUACACAUGUUUUAUGGAUGCAACUAGAGUGUGCCCUAAAAAUAAUAAGACUUGAUAGUCCUGGAUAAGUACAGUACUCCGAAAGAUUCACUGGAGUACUUAUCCAGGACCAUCAAGCCUUUGGCACUGGCUUUGUUCUCUCGGGACUUGUAUAAUUACCAAAAUUGAUUAUUUUUUAAAGGAACACUGUAGUUGGAUCCUUAAAGUGAGCAUUUUAGGAUCUUUAUGUAAGACAAAAUUUGCAUGAUAUACCUUUGUUUUUAAUGUAAAUUGAACAUCUAACAAACAUUGUUGAUAUCCUUGUUAUAGAAUAUAUACUCAUCCCUCCAUAUUUGUAAAUUUGAUAUUUGCAUGUUUGAUGAUUCACAGAUUUGAUUAAUAUGUUCUCUCUAGGAAUUUCUAGGUCCUCCAGUGCAACUCUGUGGUCAACUUUAAAAGUUUCACUGAAAGACCCAAAGAUUCCUAGAGAGACUACUCUACCAGGCCUUUGUAGCGCCUCCAAGACAGUUCUAUGGUCAGUGUCUGUCGGACGUUGACCACAGAGUUGUACUGGAGGGCCUAGAUUUUCUUAGAGAGGUGUCCUCUCAGGUAAAAACAUGGUGUUUUUGUUAUUUUUGGUUUUUCCAUAUUCACGGGGAUCUUGUGCCCCUAACCUUAGGAGAAAAAAGGCCCAGAAGACUUACUCCUCUCCAUUGCUGCAAGGCUUAUCAUGGAUUGCUCUUCUGCAUCUUCCACAGAAUGGGCUUCUCAUGCUGGAGGUCAGCAUUUUGCAAAUGGAUUGUUGCUGCCUUGCAAGAUGAAGCCUGGGUGCAAGUCUUGUAGCUGUGGAAGUGUGCUUAGGAAUUUACAAAAGUGUGCGGCUUGGUUCUGAGCCAUGUUAUCACCUUGGCGUCUGUGUUGCCGUCUCCUGCCUGCUCUCCAGCACUCAGCAACCUCAAGGGCCCUUGGAUGUACUCUGGGCUCCUCUUAGCUCUUAAAACCCAGCCAUUGUGAGUUCAGAAAGGAGGCAAGGAAUCAGGGUGGCACUUCUUUUACAGCCAGAGCAAUGCUGUGCAUCUAAUGCCAGGGCUAAAAGGUGUGCAUCUGAACAAACCAAUAAAACAUCUUGGUGGAA